GAUGAGUGAUUUUAAAACUCAGCUUGCCCAAGGUUGCAGCGCAUCAGUGCUUAAGAAGUUCGAUCCGUCGGUAUGGCAUGUUCUGGCAAAUUAAAUUCUAUCUUGAGAGACAUGCCUAACACCACAUCAUGUCCUGUUUCGAAAGCCUGACGAGACUCUUGAUUGUACUCGUCAGAAUGUGCAGGCUGAUCACUUCCCGGCGGCUCCUGCUCCGAACCAGAGUCGCCUUCCUUCUGCUUCAUGGCAGCGAUUGCCUCAUCGUCGCUUCACUGGUUCUUGCCAACCACAUCAAUUCUUCUUGGGCAGGGACAGGGCACCGUCGUUAUUCAACUUGCUUCGACCCGUCCAUUUCCACAGCUUUCUCUUCGAUACCAAACCAUUGUCUCAGGCAUCGCAGCCUUCAACAUCGCUCGUUUUGGGUCCCAUAUCAUUCUCAACAUUCAUCCUGUAGACAUCGGUCGACUUCAUACCUUCUAUCAAAGCCAGCCGUCACAUUGGCUCGCAAGUCAAUCACUCGCUUUACUGCUCAGAGAGGCCGUCCUUGUCAGCAAAGUCGCUGCAGACAGGACCUAUACUCGAUCAACAUGUCAACAAACGUCGACCUGACUCCACUAUCAACCCCUCCACAGGCAUGCAAGAAGAUACCGAAGAACGCUGAAGAUGACAGUAGCAAGAGUAUCGAUUUGGAACUUGGAGAGAUCAAGUCCAUAAUAAGUCUUUCUGAAGCAUCCACCGCCAUACACGUCGUCGACACUCUACCCGUUGUUGAUGCACGCCGUGGUUCCGACCUCGGCUUUCCAUGUGCAUCUGCACGAGCAACCCAGAAAGAGCUCCCGGAAGAGAAGCCCACGUUCAAAAACUUCAUCAAGGCUUUGCAGGUUGGGGAGAAUGGACACACCUCCUGUCUCAUUGUUCUCUAUGCACCUACUGUCUUGGCUGUCGUAUGGCCGCUGGCACGGGUAACAACGGGUGGCUCACUACUGGAAGCGAUCAUGUACAUUAUGGUCGGAUUCACGAAUAUAAUGUUCUGGCUGUUCUAUGGUAUUCUGUCUCGGACAGGCUUUCUAUCUUCAAAAGACCCGUCAAAGCUUCUUCUCACAAUCACAGGAUUGCUGUACGGUGGACUGGUCUUGGGCGUCUCCUGUGGUGCAUUGCUGUAUUGGACUUGCAUUGACAUGCUCCGUGCCUGAGGUUUGGUUUUGGUUUCUUUGUGCCGCAUAGAGGACCAGGAUGGGACUAGGGCUAUCAACUCCGAGCAUCAAUAUGUCAAUGUUGGCAGAGUUCC